CCGAGCGGGAACCCUCCCACCCUCUCAGUGCCAGAGUGCACCCUCGUGCUGCUCCGGAGAAGAAAAACAGACUCGGGUUACACGUUUCCUCCCUCUAGCCCUCGGUCACCCCGCCGUCUGAUUGGUCGAGGCGGAACCUCUCCCCUGGGUGCUGGUUAACCCCUCCUCCGAGUAAAUUUGGCCCAGCGCUUCACUGGCUGGCCUUGACGGCGCAUUUUCCAGUCAAGCUGAUUCAGAUUUGCGCCGGAGCGAGCAGGAUAAGGCAGAAAAGAGUCUGGCACGAUAAGGUGCAGACGGAAUCCUGCACAGCUGUGCUAACAAGGUUGUAAAUCAGCGAUGGUGGGAGGGGCAGCCAGGCUUGGCUGGCAGGAGGUUCGACUGCACUCUGGAUACGCCUCCAAUGGACAGUCAUACUCGUACCCAGAUCCACCCGCCAGCUGUAUCAGGAUUCCUCAUCGAGGUCACUGCUGCCUGCUGAGCUGUGCUUUCUCGGUCCUGCAGAACAGCCAUUGCACUUCUGAGUGAAGGGGAGCUCUUUCAGUUCCCUCCACUGCACCCUCUCUUUCUGUCUCUGUCUCUCUCUAUCUCUCUCUCUCUCUCACCAAAGGAACCAGUGCCAGGCAUUCAGCCAUGUAUUCCGCGGUCACCCUGACCCUCAGGCAUGCACCCAGGAGCUGGACGCCAGGAAGGGCCAUCGGCACCGUCAUCUCAGGAAACAAGACUUCCCAACAGGUGCGGGAGAGGCUCAAGAGGGACGUGGAGAAGAUGGGGGCGCAGUUUCCCAGGUUCCGUCCGGGCCUGGUGGUGCUGCAGGUGGGAGACAGAGAAGACUCCAACCUCUACAUCAGCAUGAAGUUGAAAGCUGCAGCUCAGAUUGGGAUCAACGCCAACCACAUUAGGCUGCCAAAGACUGCAACAGAAGCUGAGGUUCUACGGAGCAUCAAGGCAGUAAACGAGGACCCCGCCGUCCACGGACUCAUUGUCCAGCUGCCCCUGGACUCCAUCCACCCAAUAGACACCGAGAAGGUCACUAACGCCGUGGCACCAGGGAAGGAUGUGGAUGGUUUGACCAGUAUAAAUGCAGGGAAGCUCGCUCGUGGGGACCUUGGAGACUGCUUCAUUCCCUGCACGCCCAAUGGCUGCAUGGAGCUCAUCAGACAGACAGGCACGUCGGUGGCCGGGAAGAGAGCUGUGGUUAUUGGCCGAAGCAAAAUUGUGGGGGCGCCAAUGCACGAUCUGCUGCUGUGGAGCCACGCGACGGUGACCACCUGCCACUCGAAGACGGCGGAUCUCCCCGCCGAGGUGGGCCGGGCAGACAUAUUGGUGGUGGGGGCAGGAAAGGCAGAGAUGGUGAAGGGAGAGUGGGUGAAGAAGGGGGCGGUGGUCAUCGACUGCGGCAUCAAUCACAUUCCAGACAGCAGCAAAGCCAGUGGGAAGCGAGUGGUGGGGGACGUACACUACCUCUCUGCCAAGGAGCGGGCAGGAUUCAUCACACCUGUACCUGGGGGUGUUGGGCCCAUGACUGUUGCUAUGCUCAUGGAGAAUACAGUGGAGAGUGCCAAACGUUUCCUCCAGAGCUACAAGCCAGGAAAGUGGAACAUUACCUACACCAAUAUAAAGAAGGAGACACCAGUACCGAGUGACACUGUGAUCUCACACUCCUGCUCACCCAAGCCUAUAACCCAACUGGCCAAGGAAAUCGGUCUCUUGUCUACAGAGGUGGAUCUAUAUGGAGAGUCUAAGGCCAAGGUGUGCUUGGAUGUCGUCAAGCGUCUUCAAAAAAAUCCAGAUGGGAAAUAUGUAAUAGUUACAGGGAUCACACCCACGCUCCUGGGGGAGGGGAAGAGGACAACUGCACUAGGACUGGCACAGGCAUUGGGGGCACAUCACAAUGUUAAUGCCCUCGCCUGCAUGCGCCAGCCCAGCCCGGGCCCAGACUUUGGGAUUCGAGGAGGUGUUAUUGGAGGUGGAUAUUCCCAGGCUAUUCCAAUGGAAGAGGUCAACCUCCACCUCAGUGGGGACAUCCAGGCCGUCCUUGCUGCCAGCCGCCUGGUGGCCAACGCCGUGGAUGCCCGCCUGUUUCAAGAGUCUGUGCUGACCGACAGGGCUCUGUGUGACCAACUGGUUCCACAGGACAAGGAUCAGAGGAAGUUCUCCCCCACCCAGCUCAGGACACUGAAGAGAUUGGGGAUUGACAAGACUGACCCAGCGACACUGACAGAACAAGAGAUCACCCGAUUGGUCCGGCUGAACAUCGAUCCUGAUGCCAGCGUUUGGGAAAGAGGACUGGAUACCAAUAACCAGAGCCAGUCUCUGAUGGAAACAAGAUUGGCCAGGAUGUUCAAUAUUGCGGUGGCCAGUGAAAUCAUGGCCAUUCUGGCCCUUUCCAGUGGCAUGGAUGACAUGCAACAGCGUCUGGAGAAAAUGGUGGUGGCUACCAACCGAAGUGGGGAGCCCAUCACGACGGAGGACCUGGGAGUGAGCAGAGCACUGGCUGCGUUGCUGCGAGACGCCAUCAAGCCGAAUUUGAUCCAGACUUUGGAGGGGACCCCCGUAUUUGUUCACACAAACCCGUUUGCCGAUAUCGCCCAUGGCAACCCCUCCGUUCUCGCCGACAAAAUCGCCUUGAAGCUGGUGGGCCCAGAAGGAUUUGUGGUCACGGAGGCCGGGUACGGUGCCGACAUCGGCGCGGAGAAGUUUUUCGAUAUCAAGUGCCGCACCUCCGGACUGCAGCCGCAGGUCGCAGUCCUGGUUGCCACAGUCUGUGGGCUGAAGCUGCACGGAGGUGGUCCCACGGUUCUUGCUGGGCAGCCUCACCCAAAGGAGUACAAAGAGGAGAAUUUGCCUCUGCUGGAGAAAGGCUGCAGUCACCUUAAGAGGCAGGUGCAGAACUGCCAGGCCUUCGGGAUUCCUGUGGUCGUGGCAGUCAACACCUUUGAGACGGACACAGAAGCAGAGCUGGACCUCGUUUGCCACGCAGCCAAAUCGGCGGGGGCAUUCGACGCCGUGCCCUGCUCCCCCCGGGCUGAAGGAGGCGCCGGGGCAGUGGAGCUUGGCGAGGCCGUGAUAAGGGCAGCGGAGGAGCCCACCUCCCUCAGGUUCCUCUAUGAUGCCGAGCUGCCAAUAGUGGACAAGAUCAGAGUCGUUGCCAUGGAGAUGUACGGCGCCAAAGAUGUGGAGCUUCUUCCAGAGGCCAAGCGCAAAGUGGAACUGUUCACUAACCGGGGCUACGGUAGUCUGCCCAUCUGCAUGGCCAAGACUCCCCUCUCACUGUCACAUGACCCUGAGAAGAAGGGGGUGCCAGCUAGCUUCGUUCUGCCCAUCCAGGACAUUGGAGUCAACGUGGGAGCUGGAUAUCUCUAUGUGCUGGUAAAUGUGGAGCUUGUAUUUCCAAGGGAACCUGAAUGGCCCUGUUUCCAUGACGUGGACCUGGAUUCAGGGACCAGUCAUGAAGACUGUCUCCUAUGAUUCAGAUCUGCACAGAGUUGUCUGCAUUAGAACCAGAGAGACUUCCUCCUCAACGACAGUGCUGUUCUUCUUUCAUUGAUACCUUCCUGCUGUGCUAUACACUGUCUCUAGCCAACUCCCUGCAUCCUCACUGUUGGGAACCGGAGACAGACUGGGACUCCAUGUGAUAUCCACACUAUAUGCAUGCCCUGCUAUCGUUUUUCUACCAUAGACUCUGCUGCCAAAAUGCAUCUAUUCCUGAAGAUGUAGAUAAGAAAACUGACUACCCCACAGGGAGAAAAACAUGCUGUUUGCUUGUGAUCAGUUCUGACUAUGUCUCUUAGGCAGAAUAUAGCAAUUUCAGGUCAGGACUGGGCAGCAAACUUCCUUUCUUGAAGUGUCAAUGUAAUACUGUUUAUCUUGUAUAAAAUAGAAUAGGAUAACUUUAUUUUUCCUUGGGUGAACUUCAACUUCAAGUAGCUGGCAUACAAAAAAUUAAAUAAACAAUUUACAUAAAUUACAGUAAGAAAUAUAUUUGCAUAAAUUGCAUUUUCAUAUACCUAUACUAUAUUACUAUUACUACAAAUGAGAAAUAAAGAAUUCUGUCAAGGACAUUCUAGUAAAAAAAAUAUCAUACAUAAAUUACAUUGAACUAAAACACUGAACACAAAAAUAAAUUUCAGCCUAUGCUAAAUAAGAAAAUUUAAUUAGGCAUUAAAAUGACGGUGUGUUGCGUCAUUGAUGACGCAAACAGAUGCUGGCACAAAACUGUUGAGUAUUCGCCUUGUUUUAAAGGUUAGGGACCUAAGCCUCCGUCCCAAUGGAAAGAUCUGAAACAGAUGAUUCAGGAGAAGGACCAUUAUACUUUCUUGAAUAUGUAUACUCUUCUCAUAUAGUUGUUUAAUGGUCCUUUGUAGUCUUCCUGCAAUUUUACUACUCUGUAAUGUCACACUCUCCAGCUUAGUUUGUUGUUAUUUAAGCUGCUAGGAUGAAGGUCAGUGCUGAUUUAAUGAUUGAAUAAUUUUAUGAGAGAAGAUAUGGUCCUUCUGGGAAUAAGGACUGACAGUCAUUACCACAAUACACAAAGGUACUCCUUCCUGCUCCUGACUAAGAAUAGACCUCAUAAUUAAAAUGAAUAGUAUCGUUACAAGCUCUGUGCUUCCUUGCUGACAUAUAGGCAUUACCGUGAUGUUUCACAUUCAGCAGGGUCAAAGCUCUGAUCCCACGUGCUUCUGCCUGCCUCCAUAUUCAGACAGUGUAAUUAGACGCCACGCAGUUUCAGUGUAGCAUGUGCUUAUGUGAUCCCUUAAAUGUAUCACUUAAUCCUGAUUUUCUGCUUACAGUUCAUGUCUGGUUUAUUCUUACUGAAGCACAGUUUUUUAAAUACUAAAAUGUUAACUCAGUUCAACAAGUUAUUGCAACUUUUCUAUAAUGUCACAGUAGGGUCAUGCGUAGUUAUGGUAAAUAACAAAACUGUAGCGCAAUUUUGCAAACAAACCCACUAAACUGAAACUUUCCAGCUACAUUGUAAAUAGUUCCAUACUUUAUACCAAAGUAAAAUGUCUUGAAAACAUGUUUGUGACCUGACAAAUUCAGGAAAGCAAGAUUCCUACAAAAAUGGUUCCAAACGCAUUACUUGGCUGGGGGGGGGGGGAAGACUCUGGUGACUGGGAAGGGAAUUGCAUUGUGCUGCUGACAUAGUUCACUUAGCCUUUUCAAUUAUUUGUUUUCUCAGUCAUUGUCUGAAUCAAUAAAAAAAAGCCAUUGUUGGGGUAUAAGGCUUAAGUAACAACCAAUGCAAUAAUUACCAGUGCUGUCUUUGUGUGCACUAAACUGCUGGUAUUUCUCCAGUAUAUUAGCAUCAUGCCCAGGUCCUUAACAGCAUGGGUGCAAAUGUAACAAAUUAUAUAAUUGAGAUAUAUUUUGCAUCUUGCUAAUGCGUUUUGGUAUCUGUUUCUUUUUGAAAUGGAAGUCAUGUGUUUGGAGUUUGCCGAUUUUGGUAAUAAUUAAAGCUGAAAAAUCACAGGUCUAGAAUUAAUACGAAUAAAGGCAGCAUAUUGUCA